AUGUCUUUCUUGAAGCGCAUCUUUAAAACCAAAAGCAAAGGAGUGCGUUCACAAUUCUCUGACUAUGAUUGUGAUCCAACCAUCAUUCCCAUCAAAGACUGGGAUGUUGUUUUAUUUAGUGUUUGGCUACGUUCUAUUGAAGGAGUGAGUGAUACGACUAUUGAGAAAUUAAAAGAAGAGGAAUGGGACGGAAAGUCUUUAUUAUACUUUUCGAAAAAUGAUUUAACAUCACUCAAAAUUCCACUCAAUGAAGCCACUCUCAUCGAACAACAUCUCGAUCAACUCAAGCUUGAUCAACAUUAUCAAAUGCGAUCCUUUAAUCAAGCUCUAGCUUCCUCGGACUCUGCCUCUGAUUUUGUUCUGAGCUCACAAACCUCAUUAAGCGAUCACCGACAUUCACAAAAACAUAUUUCACUCUCUUCAUCCUCUAAAAAACAAGGAAAUGCUAAUAAUUUAUUUAGUAGCUUGAAUGAAUGUGAAGUUAUUGGAGAUUUAUUACAGUGUGAAGAUGGAAGUGAUGAAAGGAGUAUUUUAAUGGGAGCAGAUUUUAAGAAUCGAUGUAUAUUGAGUAAGAAUGAGAGCUCUUUCGAGAGUCUCAAUGAAGGAUAUUUUGUACAGAGUCAUCGACCAGAAAUUUUCACAGAUGACGAAUCGUAUUCGUUACGAGUGUUUCGUCUUGCUUUGAGAAGAUUGGAGCAAGCAUUUCCACUCAUUUCAGCACGAAGUAGAUCACUUGCUGACUCGACCAAUAACACUGUUGGAUGUAGAGCUUCGAAUAAUUAUGGAUUUUCAUCAUUACCUCCACAAAAUACGAGAAAUAUCACGAGCGGUGGAGUUUUGGAUGAAAUGAUGGUUGUGUUGCCACAGAGUGUGUCACAACUGACAUCUCUUGAAAAAUUAUGCUUGUCGAAUUGCAUGAAAAAAGUGAAAAGUUGUCCAGACAUGUCCGCACAUGAAAAACGACUAUUGGCACACACCUUGUCACUUGUCGAUUGCUUCAUGUAUUGCUACUUUUUUAAUUAUCAAACCGUUUUGUCGAGUGUUGAAAAGAAUGCACUCAUGAAGAGAUCGCCCAUGUCAAGCCAUCAUUCAGAAGAGGCGAACGAAGAUGUAGAAAAACGUUUUGUGCAAGCUCUGAAAGAUAUUUCUGAAAAUUUAUCUGCUCUAGGAGUAUUUGGAAAUAGUCACGCACCAAAUAAUUCCUCUACAGGUGGAUCCUCCUCAUCACACAAUAACUCGUCUACUAAUUUAUUAGGAGAAGGAAUGAGUCCUACAGCAAGUUUUGGAAAAACCCAAAAAUUAUUUAGGUCGUUGAGCAUCGAUCAUUCUACCAAGCCAUACCUGUUAAUUCAACUUGUGAUAUUUCCAUUUGAAAGGUCACACGUUUUUGAUAUGAAGUCAGAUUCUCGAUUAAGGCCGUACACACUCUUCAGAACUGGACUUUUAAUUGGAGAUUGGUUUUUAGAAUGGGGAGAAAAUUCUCUUGUUUAUCCAUCCAUUUCAUGUAAAUAUAGAGUGAGUCCACAGUGUCAUUUGAUACAAUUAAUGAAAAUUGAAGGGGAAAAGAAUAUUACGAGGUUGCUUCGAAAAAUUGCACAAAUUUGCGUCUUGUGGAAUGGAACUCAAAUUUUCAAUCUUCAAACAUGUAAUCAUCAACAUUUCGUGAAUGACAUUUUAACAUUUACUGGACUUUUUUCAAAUACCAAACAACUUGGAAGUGUUUCAAAAUUUCUAGAUAGGAUUGAGCAAUUAGGUUUUAGUGACAUGCGACUCGUUUUUAAUUCCCAAUUUUUCCAAAAAGAAUUUCCCAAUAAUGAAUUCAUAUCGUUCCAUUCACAUGCAGACGUGGAUGGUUUUUACUUGAAAGUUGACAGCAUGGAUCCUAACUAUUUUCAUGACGACAUGGAUGGCAAGCACGACAAAUUUUUACUGAGAUUAUUCGAUCGAUCGUUUUACUAUCGUAAAGAAAUGGGAAUGCGUGAUAAAUCAGAUCUAGCUCUCAACGAAGGAGAUUAUUGUAAUCUUUGUCCUUUUAACAUUGAUGGACUUUCAUUGAAGGAAUUAGAGGAACGAGAAGUACAAGAAUUAAUGAAAAAUCAAAAGACUGCACAUAAGGCUUAUUUGGGAUCUUAUGAACCAAUUAAUCCAGCAGCAGAACGAGAUUGGAAAUAUUAA